AUGUACACUAUUCCAGCUUUGGAUCCAGUCUUUCAGCUCAUGAUCCUGCGUGUGCGAAUUUGCUGCCUUUUUGCUUCUCUGGUUUCCGCCAUUGCUUUGGAGGAAAUGACUGACAGUACAGUCUUCGGUUUUGCGCUCCGCCGAAAUGGCACUUGCCUUGCCUCCGAGAGAAGUUGCGGUCCUACCGCGCGCCCAUUUUACGCCUGUUGUCCGUCAGGGUCAACCUGUGUCAAUCCAUACAACCAAGUCUGUUGUUCGUCGUCUGAGAACUGUACCUCGUCCGCAGUCGAACAGCCUGCCUGUGCCAAUCGGUCAUGGGAUCUGUAUAACAAUGGUGGUGUUGAGAGCGCCUUCUUCUGUUGUUUGAACUCGACCUUUGGGUACGGCGUCGGCCUGGACAGCAAUGGAUGUGCCAAUCCUGACUAUCAGCUGGCUGGUAACGAAACCCAAUUACAGGAGCACAUACAGGCUGCAGCUUCUUCGUCAUCCGCAUCAGCAUCUGCAACUACUUCAGCGACUUCCAUCCCCACGGCCUCAGAUGCUGGUCGCUCGUCCAAUGGUGCAACGAUCGGAGGCGCCGUAGGAGGCGCGAUCGGUGGCGUCUUGCUGAUCAUGUCCCUCGCCUUUUUCUUCUGGAGAUGGCGAAAGCAACGACGACAACAUCCUGAGCCUCAGAUAUCGAGCGAAUAUGAAACUGCCGACAAAUCUUACAAAAUCGAUCCAAGAGAUCAACAAGCUGGAGGAGUUGAGAUACCUGGUCAGCAAGUUAAGGGAGUGCAUGAGAUUUCUGGCCAACAAUUGGCAGAACUGCCUUUGUCAGGUCCGGGACUCACUCGGUAA